AUGUAUAAAGUUUAUCAAUAUCAAAUGGUUUUACUGCAUGCAAGUUACAUCACUGUUGGAGGUUGGGCUUAUUUCACGUGGUUAAAAGAAGUAAGCUGGUUUAAUUAUAAUGCAAAAACGUUUGGAAUAGAAAAAAAAUAUUCGGUCUGGCCCGUAUAUAUUCCCGAUCAAAUAUUAUAUUUGAUUUCUCUUGCAUUCGUAAUUAGAGCUAUAAGAGAUGAAUUAAGAUGGAUGAUGAAUAUUAUAUUACUAUUCAAUAUCUUGGAAAUUGGUUGUAUCGUAUAUAGGUUAAUCGUAUGGUGCCCUGACGAUAUUUAUAAUUCAAAUGAAUUUGUGAGGUAUGUUGAAAUUCCACCAGAAUAUGAUUAUAGUGACGAUAUUCCAAGAAGAAGAAAAAGUGUUAUUGGACGCGUAUGA